AUGACUUCCAGAAGGCCAAUGACCCGCUCUUUUUCUGGCAAUGGGAGGACAAGUAGCUUCAGUGAAGAGGAGGGCAGUUCUUCCAAUGGCCGCUCAGAAACCCGCAAUACAUACCUCUCCAAUGUUAGACCGGAAAACAGGUAGACAACCCUAUUCACAGCCCAUUUAUAAACAGCAAGUAGCUCUUUGAAUUUCAGAUUUAAAUGUUUAUUUGAAAAAAAAAUCGCUUAAAAGAUUGCUUGUGGUUGAAAACAAUUCAGAUCAGACAGAUUGGAUUAGAAAAAUCCCAAAGCAUAACAAUAAAUGUUUCUGUAUAUCAGGAGUGUUUAUGCUUGAAAGCAUGUCUGUAAGUCUUGAAAGCAAGACUGUAUUUCAUUCAUUCAGUCAGAUUAAUAGGAAUGCAUCAAAUGAUGGGUUUUUCCCAUAUUGUCUCCUUAUCAUAUUGCGGUUCAGUCAGAUUAAUAGGAAUGCAUCAAAUGAUGGGUUUUUCCCAUAUUGUCUCCUUAUCAUAUUGCGGUUCAAAAUUCAGAUUUGUCAUUUCAAUCAUGCUGUUGUGUGUUUCAAAUCAACAAAGAUAAAGAUGUGUUCUUUUGUCGAAGAAGAGGAAAAAUCAUGAACCAUUUUAAUUGGGUGAGCUCCGCUUACUGAGAUCUGAUUAAUCAUUGACAUCCCUUCAUUUGCCUCUUCUCUGAAUAGCUAUUCAAGGUAUUCUCACUACAGACCAACGAGGUAAUCCAUACUUUUAAAACAUUCCCCUCAACUAACAUCUUAACCACAAAAACUGGUUUACCCCAAGAAUGAAAACCUACACACACUUUAACUGUAAUGUAAGUGUCUGGCUUGUCCAGUGUUUCGUUCAGUUUCAGUGAUAAACAUCGGUGUUAGUGUUGUAUUGACAGCUCUGUUUUGCUUGACGUCUUACAAGUCUCCCGUUUCACUCUUUCACACUCUCGUCACUACCAGAUACUCCCAUUAACAUCCUUUCCUCUUAAUGAAGCAAGUCAUUGGAAUGUACUGCACAGCAGUGAGGAGGUCACUGCAAUGACUCUGAGAUGUAACACUGUCUUGUCAGUAUGAAAACAACUAUCUUAUGCAUUUGUGUUUACUUCCAGGAGCACAUUGUGCAGUGUCAUGGCCCAGCUGACUGAGGACAUCCAGCCUUCUUUUGAGACCACCUUAAAAUCCAAAGCAGUGUCAGAAAACUGUAAUGUGAAGUUCUCCUGUGUGGUUUCAGGUGGGUUUGGCUUUAACAACAAAGCUUCAAUGCUUUGUGAAGAGAUGGGAUAUGACUUAUAUCAGAAAAUAUGGACAGAAUUCACUUUAUGAACCCCCUUUUCUUCCUGAACAGCCCCUUUAACCUCACAGACUAUGAAUUAUUCAAGCUUGUUUCAUUAGUUGUUGUUUUUAACCGCAGGUAGAUUGGUCAGGUGGGUCUAGAGGGGAUUCAGGAUCAAGCUUAUAUGCUUUAUUUAUUUUCUGUUUAAUUUCCCAGUCAUCAUUUUAGAGGAAAUAUUGAUUCAAAGAACUUAUUGGUUAGGAGGGGAAAUGUUUGUAUCCAAGGUGCAAUUAGCUCACUAUAUACUAUGAUGUGUUUAGGUUACCCAGCUCCAGAACUGAAAUGGUACAAAGACGACAUGGAAAUGGAUCGCUAUUGUGGACUGCCUAAAUAUGAAAUUCGGCGCAAUGGAAAGACCCACACUCUCCAUAUUUACAAGUCAGUAAUGCAACAUUGAAAGACUGUAUUUCAUUCAUUCAUUCAGAUUAAUAGGAAUGCAGUUGUAUUGAUAUUGUAUUGCUUUCUCAAAAUACUAAUGACAUGAGAUUGAUAAGAGUUUUUGUUUUCAGCUGCACAUUGGAUGAUGCAGCCAUCUACCAGGUCUCAGCCAGCAAUAGCAAAGGUAUUGUGUCCUGUUCAGGAGUUUUAGAGGUUGGUACCAUGAAUGAGUACCAGAUUCACCAGAGGUUCUUUGCCAAACUGAAGCAGAAGGCAGAGAAAAAGAGAAAUGAAAUGGAUGCACAGAACAAAAAGGAGGAGAAAGUUGUCAUACAGACGGAGAAACUGCAAAGUAGCCCAGAACCGCCUCCAAGAAAGCGUCCCAUCCAACAAUCAGAGGAGAGACCAGCAGUCAAAAGGCCUGAGGCUGUGGAAGGACAAGGAGUUGCGGCAGAAUCAAAUGGAGUUAGCACUGAAGUCAAGGGAACAGCUGCCGUGACAAACAAAGACCUAGUGGAGACUUCUCCAUCUGAAAAUAGCUUGGCCACAAAGAAAUUAAAGAUUUCAAAUGGCAUAGAUGUUCCAGUUAGCAGCGCUAGCAGCAAUAGCAGCAUUACCAGAAGUCCUGUUAUGGGGAACGGAGGUGAAAAUUGUUACGAUGGAGGAAUCAGUUUGGCACAAUUUCUCGCAGAGACUCUUCAGUCCCAGGCUACUGAGGAGAAACAGAGCUCACCUCGGGGGGAGAGACACAAAGAGAUUGAUGUGUCUACUGUAAGUGCCGGUAAAGAGAACGAUAGAGAACAAGGGAGGAUGCAGAGAGAGAAGGAAGAACAAGAGAAAGUACCAGCAGAAGAGCGUGAGAGAGAGAAAAAGACGGAAGAAGAAUUGGAAAAGGAGAGGCAGCUGGAAAAGCUGCAUACGAUGUUGCACACAAAACAUGGUUCUGAUGUCAAACAUCAGAGCAAGGCUCACAAGGACCAUGACCACCACAAGAUACAGGCAUCCAUCAGCUCUAUGUUCCACUCAGUCAAAGACUUCCUCUUUGGAAAAAGUAAAAAGGACUCUCAUGAGCACACGGUGAGCCAAGAACGAGAGUUUGACCAUGGGCCUCUCCAACCAGAAACACCACCAUCAUUUCGGCUGCGAUCAGAGAACAAUCAAGUGUGCGAUGCUGUCACAGAGGACACUUUACCUAUGGAAAUUGAUCAACCAAAAGAGCCCCUAGAAACAGUGUCACUUGGGCUACAUGAGCACAAACAAGACGACAACGCUCCACACACUGAGCUAACGCCACCUGAGAUCGCAGAGGAGUCCACAGGACUGCAUGUGGAGGGGGCUGAUUAUGCUGAGGAGGUCAUGGAGGUGUCUGUGGGGCCAGAGAUCAGCAGUCCAGCUGCAGAAAUGUCAUUGUUUGGGCUUCAAGUUCUCACUGAGGUACGUGCAGUGGUCGCGCAGGGCAGCUGGCUUCCACUUGACAGUUAUAUAUAGACUGCAUUUGUGUGACAAGAUAGUACAAGACGAGCUACUUCAGGGCCCAAGCCGGAACUAUGUCAGCUAUGGCUGACACAGUUUAGUCUUUGAGCAGCUGCAUUAAUAAGAAGCAUAUGACAAAAUAAAGUUUGGCGCUUUAAUCAUGAGAGUUUGUGUUAGCUGGACGGCACAACUUUGUGAUAUCAGUGAUUAGGGACUAGCUCAGUGAACAAGUGUGGCCAUGUGUGACUGCGGUUUUACUGCCAUCUCAGGCAUGAAAAGACAGGCUGAUGUGGGGAAAAAAAGGGGAAGCAUUAGAAUUAGGCUCUUUGCACGGAAAUAUGUGGGUGGAUGGGGUAUUGCAUAUCUGAGCUGAAAACUGUAAAACAGGUUGUGGGGUAUCUCAGAUAUAGACUGUGAUGAGUGAAGCAUCAGUGCGUCACAGAUCAUGAUGAAACUUGAGUGUUGGGAGUAGUUCUCACGUUUCAAACAGGGCUUUGCAUGACAGGCGACUGUGUGGUCUGGAUGAACGGUAGCAGAGAAACUUCUGCGGCAGGCCUCAGCUUGAAAGAAGGGCCUCGUCACAUUGAACAAAUUCCUCGCUGCCCCCCCAUAUCUUAAAAUAAACCCCUUCUUGUUCUUGUCGCAGUGAAGGGGAAAGGCUGUACUCCUGUCACCUAUGUGUUCAGCUCAGAGCGUUGUUUUAUGUCUGUCACGUGUAGGGUACUUGGUUAAUCAUUUUAUGACUGAUGUGCCAUAAGGUGGAUGCCUGAACAGUAGUAAACCUUAUUAUGAUAUCAGGUGGUUUAUUGUUUUUGCUCUAUUUAGGGUCAUAUUGACUUAACACAGUUUGAUAAUCUGACUGCUUUGGCCUCAGCUUAUUUAUAUGAUUGUGUUCAUUCAUAUCUUCUGAAGUGAACAAGUUCAAACCUUUUUUAUCCUUCAGAAAUACAGCAGUAUACAUCCUUAUAUGGAGCAUUUCCUGUGCCCUAAAGAGACAACAUUCAUUUUUUUAUCUAAAAUUAAUUAAAAAUCAAAUUAAUUUGUCAGUCAUCAAACAGUUUCUGAGAGGCCAUAUAAGAUUGAACUCUACUGAGUCAUCUGAGAGAUGAGAAAGUUAGUGCAUACAUGAAACAAUAUCUUUUUGAAACCCAAAACAAUAUCUUUUUGUAUUCUGUGUUUCAGUAAUUGUUCAGUUCUUUUUUGCUUCGAAUAUAAUGAUGAUGAGCAAAUAUAAUGGCUUAACAACUUCACACAGUUUUCUAUUUUGGUUCAAACAUUAUUUAACGGGAGAGUCCCAUUUAGAUUUAACAUCUCUUGUGCAAGAGACUCUUUGCCAAGGAAGCAGCCAUACAAUUUGUGACACAAAAUAACUAACAGAAAAGGGAACUGAAAUAUCUAUAUUUAGUCAUUAUCCAUUUACAGAUCUAUUGUAUUUCUAUCAUGUGGAACCACAACUUUACUUCCAAUACAUUCAUAAUUUGAUAAGCGGAGGAAGUCAAGCCCCGUUUUGAACAAUGUUAAACUCGUGACUGUGAUAUUUAUUUACAUGUGAAGGUGUAGUGACGACCACAGCUUCACUUUUAGACUGUAUGUUUCCUACCAGUUUCCUUGCAUCGAAAGCAGCAACUUCUUUUUUCUUUGCAGGCGCUGCUGCUUAAACAGGCUGUCACGAGGCAGACUGCGCCUCUGCUGCUCUUCUGAAUGAAUUAAAAUUAAAGGACGGACAGGGGAAAGACCCACUCAACAACACCUCUAUAUUAAGCCUUACGUAUGAGUCUUCUCUCAGUCAAAUUAAAUAUCUUUUUUGGAGUAUUAUUUAUGAGAGUGUUAACAGCAGAUUUACACGAAGACUGAAUGACUGUCUUGUUUUUGCAGAGAGAAAGAGGAGUUGUUAUAUAUUAAUUUCCCAGACAGCUCUCUAUAAAAGGGACACACCUUUGUUAUUCAUGUGGGAAUUACCCUGCCCCUGCUCAAACAUAUCCUUGUCAGUACACAAGCACCUUAAACACAGUCAAGAAGAAGUUGAUCAGAUACAGAUAACCGCUUGAAUAAGGUUAAGGGUCAUUUCAAACACUUAACAGGAACCAUGUCAGUGUAAACAUUCGGCUUCAGCUCCCUUGCACGUGACAUGACGUAAUAAAGUUCCUAAAAUAAGCUGACAUGCCAUAAAACACUGGGAUAUAUUGACUUACCUUGGCUGCUCUGCAUAUUUUCUGGAUGAAUAACUGCCCGCAAAUGAACAAGUAAUUGGUGAACUUUUUUGUGGUCUAACAGUCUGUCAUUGUAUAACACUACAGUGAAAACUAAGUUUGUCAUGGAUGUCAUUGUUAAUAUUUCGGAUGAUUUAUGGCAGGGAAAUGUGUCUCAGUCUAAAAGUGUUGUGGUGUCACACUGUCAAAGGUCACAGAAGCUAGUUACUUGUUCCAAGCUUCUAAAAAACACUUUAAAAUCCUCAACAUGUUUUCCCCAGGAGGAUGUCUCUUUGCUCUUUGCAGCAAUAAAGAUAAAAACUAGAAGUGUAGAGUCAUCUGUGUCUGCAUUUAGUCUAAAUCACUACAGUAUUCUCAAUUAUAGUUACACUUAUAGUUUAUAACCUUUGGUCCCAGGGGCUUUUCUUGAGGUUUGUUCCAAAGGUCAGCACUGACAGGGGAAAAAACAUUUGCUCCCUUUACUUUGGGUUGAAGUGCGAAAAGAGCGGGUAAAUUAACCUGGGUUUGUGUGGUUUUAGGUGAUGUUCAAGAAUUUGGAAGGAGAUCCAUCUAAAAGUAUUCUGCUUGUAUACUCAUGACUGAUUGAUUUUGACAAACAUUUGCUGUCUCAUUCUGUUAUCACAUGUUUUUUUAAUGUCUUAUUGACUUUAUAUUAUGUUUUUAUGCACGGCUGCUCAUUGACUGUGAGAAACUUUAUAAACUAUGUUGUUGCCGGAACACUAUUCAACUAAGAUAUUUCAUCUCCAUGAGCUUCUCCUGCUUAAAUCAAGGUUAAAUGUAAAGACAUGUUUAAUCAAUUGUAUUUCAAAAGACAUAACACAGCUUAAACUUUAUUGUUUUGUUUCUUUUAUUUUGUCAGGCCAGUCCCACACUCCAGCAACAACCUGAAUCCCCAGAAGUUUCACCACUACCCAAUCACCAGGCAGUGGUAGAUGACUCUUCACUUCCAGGAGAUGUACCUGUCAUGCCAAAUCUUCAACCCUCUAUUGAAGAAGAGUCCUCCCCUACCCUCUCUAGUUUGGAAGAAAGCUUGACUCCCCCUCCCAGUGUUAUCUUAUCAUCAGACAGGCACAGCCCUGCGGAGGCUCCCUCUGAAACUACGCAAGAGGAAGAGCUGGGUGUUGACGGUAUGGACAAAGAAAGUGAGCCUAGCACAGAAGAGAGCUGUUCCUUCAAUCAGUUACAUGAGGAAGAGAAAGUUGAAGCGAAAUUAAACCAACCCCCAUGCUUGGACGUGAAUAGAUCUGAGAUUACUGAACUGACAACAUCUUCGUUGGAAGAGAGAAUAGAGCCACGUGAACCUAAAACGCCAGAUCAGUUGCUGUCAACCCCAUAUGCAGUGACAGCAUACAGUCAAGAAAGAGAAGAUGUAAAAGAUGAAUCUGAACACGCUUCACCUCAGGAAAUGAAUGUAGGAUAUCCGCCGAGUUUGCCCCCAGAGAGUCUAAAGAAGGGUGACCUAGAAAUACAGCAAGAGUACACAUCUCCUGCACAAGAGGAAAGUACAGAGAUCCUAAAUGUCAGUGUGAUUCAGAGUUCAGACUUAGGUUUUUGUGGUAAUGUAGAAAGUCCUGUUUUAGAGAGAGCAGAGCUGUCCAAUAAUCUUCAAACACAAGACCGGGAAAUUUUAGAGGCUGAGAACACUGAAGCAAGGAGUGAGAGUUUACCAUUUGAGGUGGGGACGGAAAUGAAGAGUGAAAUAGAGGUAGAGGAGCUGGAAGAAGCAGGGAACCUUUCAGUGACGCGAAACGAGGAGGUUGAUGUGAAUGUUGUGGAAGAACAUCAAGAUGACAAUGAGAGGCAGCAGAUAGAGAAUAUUCCUCAGAUACAAAUAUCUACCGUUGAGGACACCCCAGAGAUAAAACCAACUGAGAUUUUUAUGAUCCCUCAAGUUGAAGUCAUGGAGCCUGAGCUCAAAGAAUGCACCCUGCCACUAACCAUUUUAGCGCUGACUAAGCUUGAAUCUGAGCCUGCUACUCUGCAAAGCCAUGACACGACUUGCGUGGCUGAUGAAACAGUCCAAAACAAGAAAGUCACUGAUUAUCAAAGCUUGUUACCCACGCAGAUAGGUAUGCAGAGUGAUUAUAACCUCUCACCCACAAAAAAAAUUGAGGAAGUUGCGCAAUUGUAUGACAAGACAGAAAUGUUUGAGCGAGAGCAGCUACCCAUGACAAGCGGUGAACAGAUAGCAUUGACAUCCAUUCCUGUUAUUAAUGUUUUAUGUACUGAUGACAAGGACGACGGCGUGUAUGUGAACAGCCAUGUGUCAGAUCCACAGCAGCCUUCUGAAACAGCAACAGUGCCCCUGUUUGUGGUGCCACCAAUCUCUGUUACUUGUUAUGAAAGUGAUCCUGUACUUAGACAGCCCACUCAAAGUGAACACACACUAACAGAAACUCCAAAUGUCAUGCAAAGGGGAAUAGAGAGUGAUGUUGGCAAUAAUAGUACAACCACUGAUCAUGAAAAAAUUACAGAUAACAGUAUAGAGGAGAAAAUUCCCUCUUUGAUAGAUGAAGCUUUGAUGCCAAAGGUUGGGGACAGUGGGUCUUUAUCUAGUAAAACAGCAGACGACAACAUUGUCUUGAAAUCCCUCAAAGAGACAAAGACAGAGAAUUACGUGUCUUUGGAGGACUUGCAAAGGAACAGAUCCUCUGGUGAAAGACUCUGCUCUAAACCCCCCACAUACCCAUCACUGAGCCCAUCCAGUCUGCGAAAAUUCAUGUCCAAAGCAGCUUCAGACACAGAUAGUGUUACAGUCACGACAAGUGACCGACAGAGCGACAAGGCAGAUGAAGAUCUAAGCGGAGGCUCAACGCCAACAUCGUCCCUUUCCUGUGAAAGCAGUCCCCGGCUGAAACGCAGAGACAGCCUGUCACUUAUAAGAUCUGCAACACCUGAGGAGUUAGCCUCUGGAGCUCGCCGCAAAAUAUUCAUCCCAAAACCAAAAGAAGAUGGAGAAGGGGCGAUUGUUGGUGUGCUUGAUACUCAGGGCAAAAAAGAAAGCCCCUAUAUGUCUCCCAGCCAGGCCCGCAGAGCAGCAUUACUACAAGCUCCCACGGGACAGAGUACCCCGCCAAUGGAGAGACGCUCACCACUGCUGAGCCGCAGAAAGAUCACCCUGGAGGUGCCAAAAGUCGUGGAGGAGACUCCCAAAGAAGAACAAACCAGCACCAAACGAGAGGAGAAACCAGAGAAGAAGCUUGACCCUUUAAAAGGUAAAAAAAGAAACAUGGAGAAAGAGGAUUUUUUUCAAGAGAAGAUCUGAUCUUUUGACAAAAUUAAAAACUUAUGUAAAAAAUAGAUUCAUGAGCUUUUAGGUAGCACUCCAAAGUGUAACAUACCUCACUUGUUUGAUUCACCCUUUGUGUAAUUUUCACAUAUGAACUGUUUGUCGAAAAACAAAGGUCUGAUAAGUAUGCUGUGGUUGAGGUAACAUAAACAGGUCACUGCUCUCUAGUACAGUAUAUAUUUACUUUGGGCUCCUCUACCCCUCUCUCACGCGCCUACAGCUCCACAGGUCAUCCGAAAGAUCAGGGGGGAGCCAUUCCCAGAUGCCUCCGGACACCUGAAGCUGUGGUGCCAGUUCUUCAAUGUGCUCAGUGACUCCACCAUAAAGUGGUUCAGGGAUGAGGAGGAAAUACUGGAGCUGAAGAGAAGGUAAAUUCCCCUCAGUUGACACUACGGCUGACACUAUUCAAACCACCUGUGAAACAUAUCAUAUCAUUCAAUAUCUUGUAGGUGUUGACAUUACAACUUGUCACCUUUUUUGCUGCUAUUGUGUUGAAGACUUCCAGCUCAGCAUGACUGGUAAAAAUGGACAGGUUCCAAAUAUGAAACAAUAAUGCUACAAGGAUUCAGAGUGCAUCCCAUGGCCUUCUGUCAUUCUCAUAUUGUCACUGCAGAGACGUCGCGCUCAUGUGACUGUGAACCCCACAGCUGUGACACAGAGAGGUGAAUCUCUGGCUAGACACAGAAACUGUAACCUGACACAGUAUUUUUCCCAUCUGCAGGGGGCAUUAAAGGUCUAUAUAUGUGCUUUGACUGCUGUGUCAGCAGACUGCUGCCUCACAGCAUUAAUGCUUGUCUCACAGUGACACCUUGUGGGUUGUUGAUGAGUCUUAGAGGUUAGAAACGGUUCUGCAAAGUCUGACAAAUCUGUGAUUAUUUGUUUUUCCCUUUUUUUUUUUGUUUGUUCUCAAGUGGUGGAGAUGAGAGCCAAGUCGCUCUGGCUAUUGUUCUAGCAUCAAAUGGAGACUGUGGAGUUUACGGCUGCUCCAUCAAAAAUGAAUAUGGAAGUGAUAUGACUGACUUCCUGCUCAGUGAAGACAGUAAGAUACAGUAUGAAAAAGUGAGACAACACUUUAAAUCCACCCUUCAAUUAAACCCUUCUGAGUGUAUUUGUUUUGUGUUUUACAGUUCUAUCUGAGAUACUCCUUAAAGAUGAUCUGGAAGGUAAACUUUUCAGUCAGCUGUAAAACAUUUUUUUUUAUCCUCCGUCACUUUUCACUCACGAAAACAUCUGUUUCCAUUUUGCGUUAGUUGGAGAGGAGAUUGAGAUGACUCCAAUGCUGUUUACCAGAGGUCUGGCUGACAGUGGUAACUGGGGUGACAAGUACUUUGGCCGAAUCAUGACUGAGGCAGCAAACAUUGGAGAGGGCUGUGCCCACAAGGCGAGCAAAGUAAAAGUCAUUUAUGGCCUGGAUCCAAUCUUUGAGUCUGGAAGUGCCUGUGUCAUCAAAGUCCAAAAUCCCAUCGCCUACGGGACCAAACAGGAGAGCAACCUUGCAGAGAGAAACCUAGAAAUUACUAAACAAGUGAGUGGUGGAUUUAUAGUAAAGGAAUCUUUGUCAAAUUGUACCCAAUAAAGUUGUGUUUACAGUUGCAGUGCAUUAAUCUGCUUCAUUAAUCUCUCUGUGUUGCCAGGAAUGCAAAGUCCAAAACAUGAUCCGAGAGUAUUGUAAAAUCUUUGCAGCUGAAACAAGAGUCACUGAAAACUUUGGCUCCUCAUUUGAGUGAGUAAAGCAGCUGAAAUAAAUGAUUUUUAUUUAAAUGUAUAAUAUUGCUUGUUAUCAACAUACGGCUCUUUUGUUAUGCACGCAGAGUUAUCCCUCAGUAUCUCAUGUACCGGCCUGCAAACUCUGUGCCAUACGCCACAGUGGAGGCUGAUCUGACGGGUGAUUUCCAAAAUUACUGCACAAUAGACUCUAAAGGCAAGCUGAUUACUCAAACCUCUUCUGAGGUGGAGCAGAAAUGCAGCACCUUCCAACACUGGAUCCAUCAAUGGACACAUGGGAAUCUGCUGGUCACUCGGCUGGAGGGUAAGACGUGCAAAUUCAUGACUAAAGCAAAAAUACAUCAAUUUGUGAGAUUUUUGAGGAAUUUAUUCUGUGCCAUCAUUUUUUAUUUUUUAGGUGUUGAAACAAAGAUGACAAAUGUCAGAGUUGUGACCAAGUCAAAAGGGUUUGUAUACAUAGGCUAGCAGAUACAUGCAGAUAUAUGCAUUUGUCUUGUACUAAAAAGCUGAAAUAAUACUUGUCCUCUGUAAUUUAGAUACCAAGGACUAACAGAGAAUGGCUCUCCAGAAGUAUUCGAACAAUUCCCGACAAGUCAUCAGUGCAACUACUACUGCGGACUUCUAGGCCUGCACCCUCUAAAGACAAAGGGCUCCCGGAGCCCUCUGCUUAACCGCAAGUUGGGCUCCAGCCCACAGUUGCAGCGGAAAGGACACAGCCCGCAGAUGCUUAGAAAGGCAAAUUCUAGCCCAAAGGUAUCUAAAAAAGUUCAAGAGACUGAGGACAAUAAACCCGGCCUCAAACAGAAGCCUGUAGAAACUCCUGAUGCUCUGGAAAUGAGGUAG